CUUGAUUCACACACACACUCUCUCUCACACACACACACACACACACCGGCCUCUAUCCGAGACCACCACUUGUUCUCACACACAGAGAUAGAGAGAGGAUCAGAAAGCCAUGACUGAGCUGAAGAGCAAGUCGUUCUGGAGAGCCGUGCUGGGCGAGCUGGUGGGCAUGACCCUCUUCAUCUUCCUCAGCAUCGCCGCCGCCAUCGGGAACGGGAACAACGAAAACCCGGACCAGGAGGUGAAGGUGUCGCUGGCGUUCGGGCUGUCCAUCGCCACGCUGGCUCAGAGUCUGGGUCACAUCAGCGGGGCGCACCUGAACCCGGCCGUCACCCUGGGCAUGCUGGUCAGCUGUCAGAUCAGCCUGGUCCGCGCCGCCUUCUACAUCCUGGCCCAAAUGUUGGGCUCCUCCGUGGCGAGUGGCAUCCUGUACAGCGUCCGGCCCGUCAACAACACCUCACUCGGGGUCAACGCACUAAACAACAUCAAACCGAUACAGGGGUUCGGUGUGGAGAUGUUGGCCACGUUCCAGCUCGUGCUGUGCGUGUUAGCCGCUACCGAUAAACGUCGGCGUGACGUCGCAGGUUCGGUUCCUCUCGCCAUCGGCCUGUCCGUGGCUCUGGGUCACCUCACCGCCAUCAGCUUCACGGGAUGUGGCAUUAACCCGGCUCGGUCCUUUGGUCCUGCGCUCAUCAUGAACAAGUUCGAAGAUCACUGGGUUUACUGGGUGGGUCCGAUGUGCGGGGGCGUGGCUGCGGCAUUCACCUACGACUUCCUGCUUUACCCAAAGACGGAUGAUUUUCCUGACCGGAUGCGAGUUCUUGUGUCUGGACCUCCGACUGAUUACUCCGUCAACGGACGAGACGUGGAGAUGUCGUCAAAGUGACGAUAAAAUGGUGCAAAAACAAUCGAGCCAGUCCUUAUCGUUUCCGUCCAUCCUUUGGACCUGCAGUAGAAACUCGAAAACAUUCCCAAGUCCUGAAUCAAGCGAUAAAAAUCUGCACAGUGCAUCUCAAAGUGUCUUAAUUGACUUUCCCUUUUCCUGUGGUUGAAACUCUGAUACAGAUAUGGGUUUUAUUAAAUGAUGAUUUUAAGUCAACAUCCUUUUUUUUUUUUAGACUUCCUUAUAAAGCUUUCCUGUGAAGUGAUGCAAUUUUUAUUCCAAAUGAAAAAAAAAAAAAAACAGGAACAAUAAAA